CUGAAGUUUAAACUGCUUCUGUCAUGUGUCGACUCCUUCUUUUUCCCCAUCGUUUCAUUAUCGGAACAUUUUUUAAAAGUAAAUAAUGGGUAGAUACGCAAGAGAACCAGAAAAUGCUGGCAAAUCCUGCUGCUCUCGCAGUUCAAAUGUCAGAGUACAUUUCAAGAACACCCGUGAGGCUGCCCUCGCCAUCAAGCACAUGCCCUUGAAGCGUGCCCAACGUUUCCUCAAGAACGUCUGCGAAAAGAAGGAAUGCGUUCCCUUCCGUCGUUUCAACGGUGGUUGCGGACGUACGCCACAAGCGCGCGUUUGGAAGACCUCCAUCGGUCGCUGGCCCAAGAAAUCCGCCGAAUAUCUUUUGCAAUUGUUGAAAAAUGCCGAAGCUAAUGCCGAUUAUCGCGGUUUGGAUGUCGAUCGUCUCGUCGUCGACCACAUUCAAGUCAAUCGGGCUCCAUGCUUGCGUCGUCGCACAUAUCGUGCCCAUGGGCGUAUCAAUCCCUACAUGAGCAGCCCCUGCCACAUCGAGUUGCGCGUCACCGAGAAGGAAGAGGUUGUCGCCAAGGCUACCGAAGAAGAGCCAACCAAGAAAAAGACCUCACAAAAGAAAUUGAAGAAGCAAAAGGAAAAGAUGUUGCGCAAUGAAUAAAUUUAGAUUUUUUGUACAACAACUUUCGUCUUUAACACAUUCAAGGAUUUAACAGAAUAAAACACGCAAGAACUCGUGAAAA